AUGUCUACUCAGGACGUCUUUUUACAACUCAAACACCACAUCCUCGACUCCCCCACGGGUGACACCGAGGCUAUCCACGCUGUCAACCUAACAAAAGCUUGCGACAAUGUUACCCACGCAGCCGUCCUAGAAGGCCUCCAUGCCCUAGGCGUAGGCCAGCGGAUGUACAGCUACAUCCGCGACUUCCUUUCCCAACGCACAGCCACACUGACCCUGGGGGACCACCGGCUUUCCCGUGUCUCACUGGGAGCGCGGGGGACGCCUCAGGGUGCUGUGCUGUCUCCUAUCCUCUUCAACAUAGCCAUUCUUCAACUCCCCAACCAACUCUCCCAAGUCUCCGACAUACAUUUCAGCUUGUAUGCCGAUGACAUCACUGUCUGGGCCAACCGAGGCAGUGAUGCCGACAUGGAGCACAACCUGCAGUCGGCCUUCAAAAUCAUCGACUCGUACGUCCACGUGCACGGCCUAGCCUGCUCCCCUUCCAAAUUAGAACUUUUCCUCUUCCGCCCAAGUCACUCAGUCUAG